GUUGGGACAAUUGACAUGCUGUUGCACCUGUCAUCACUUAAGGUUUAGUGGUGAAAAAAAGUCAUUACACUUAAGGUUUAGUGGUAGAAAAAAGUCAUUUGAAAUCUCCUCGUUUGACCAAGUUCAACGAAAACAAAGAUAUCCAUAGAUGUAAUGUGCAUAUCUGUCCAAAACAGGCUUGCCUCUGGAUAUGAAGGAGAUGGUUGAUGAGUACAACUGGAGGGCUGCGUGCACUGGGCAAGCAUGUUUGGCAACCAAACCCUCCUGCAGCUAUGAUCAGACACAGAUAACCAGCAGUGAAGUAGACCAUGUUGGGGUGCAGGUGACCCCCUAUGAGUCGUACGAGGAGUUCUGCAGCACCCAGACUUCCAUGUGUCUGGUCAGCACCCUUUUGACCUUUCCUGGACAGCGCAGUGAUGUGGUGAAAGAAGGUUAUCUGGGCAAGCUUGAGCGAAGCCAGAGAAGAUAUUUUGUCCUCAGAGCAGGAAGUCACACUGGACCAAGUCGACUUGAGUGGUACAAGUCCCAGGAGAAGUUUACUGCAAUAGAGAAAUCAUCUGGAAAAGCUCCACUGUUUGGGCCAAGCAAGCAAGGGGUGAUUUUCCUAAGGUGCUGUAUUGGUGUGGGCUGCCUGAGUAGUUCCAAGAAAGGCCUCACGGUGGCACUCUAUGCUCAGGACCAGACGAUGGUGCUCGUGGCAGACGAUCAGUUGGAUCAAGAAGCAUGGUACCAGUCUCUCAAGAAAUUGAUGGAGGAGCGUAAAGAGGAUGAUCAAGCGUGUGACGAUGAUGACGAUGGCUAUUGCACACUGCCACCUGCGGCUUUCUUCAAAGAGGUUUGGUCAGUCUCUGCGAAGCCGCGAGGUCUGGGUCGCUCAAAGUCUAUUGCGGGUGAGCUCCGGCUCUGCCUCACUUCAACUUCCCUCAUCCUGGUCCGAGUGGGCGCCUGUGGAGAUUUACCCUCUGUUACGAUACCUUUGCUCGGGGUUCGUCGCUUUGGCCACUUGGACGGCUCUUUUUUUCUGGAACUAGGCCGAUCGGCGCCGAUUGGCCCUGGAGAGAUCUGGUUUGAGGCGAGAGAUGAAGCACAGCACAUUCAUGAAGUUGUUCGGGACACUGUCCGAGCACUGCGGGGGCUCCCAGAUUUCAGCCGGUCCCCGACCUCCAACAAUAAUCAGCUACUAGUGUCCAAACGCUGUAGACCCAAAUACAGAGACAGGAAAAACCAGAUUAUUCCGACAGGCCCAUUGCAGUGUCAACAACUCAACACAGCAGAAACUCGGUCACCGCUCAGCCUAUGUAGCAUUAACUUUCCUGAGCCUGAUCGCUACAUGGACAUGAGAAAGCAGCCCUGUGAUGGUGAAUGCAGUGCUCCUGAUGAAGGGGAGGGUGUUGGUUAUAUGAUGAUGUCACCGCAGGCCAGCCGCAGUUCUUGUGCACUGCCUCAAGAUGCUAAUGUCACAAUGUCAAGCCCGCAAAAAGAAGACCGGCCAGCUUCUUUUGGACCUCACAGAGGAGUCGGCAGAUGGUCAUCCCUGUACCCAUCACAUCAAGCCUACGACCAGCCACAGCCCACUUUGACCCACACCGGAAACCUACCAGAGUCAUUUGAGUCACCUCGGUCUUCCAAAGGAUGUACAAAGCCACUCACGAUUCCAUUUGUCCAAACUGCACCACUCCACUUGUGUCUCCCCCAAGUUGAAGAAAGGCUUGCUGUUAGGUCGAGACUCUCAUCAUGUCUGCUAUCGUGUCUGCAAGCUGAUGACUGAUUCAGAUGAGUAGUUUGUUCUCAAUGUGGCCCAGCACGUUGUAAUGCAGGUGCACCAUGUCAUAAUUUAAAACAUGCUGUCACAUUUAGCGUAUUCGUGCAGAACGAUGCAAACUUGUUGCUUACCACCAGGGUGUUUUCACAAAAAGAUGGUUCACUGAUGUGUGAAUAAAAGUUACUCGAAAGCAA